AUGGAGGCGCGCGGGGAGCUGGUCCCGGGCCGGGAGUCGGCGGGCGGCGACCUGCUGCUGGCGCUGCUGGCGCGGAGGGAAGACCUGCGCCGAGACAUCCCACUGUGUGCUGGCUGCGACCAGCACAUCCUGGACCGCUUCAUCCUCAAGGCUCUGGACCGCCACUGGCACAGCAAGUGCCUCAAGUGCAGCGACUGCCACACGCCGCUGGCUGAGCGCUGCUUCAGCCGCGGAGAGAGCGUCUACUGCAAGGACGACUUCUUCAAGCGCUUCGGGACCAAGUGCGCCGCGUGCCAGAUGGGCAUCCCGCCCACGCAGGUGGUGCGCCGCGCCCAGGACUUCGUGUACCACCUGCACUGCUUCGCCUGCGUCGUGUGCAAGCGGCAGCUGGCCACGGGAGACGAGUUCUACCUCAUGGAGGACAGCCGGCUCGUGUGCAAGGCAGACUACGAGACCGCCAAGCAGCGAGAGGCCGAGGCCACGGCCAAGCGGCCGCGCACGACCAUCACGGCCAAGCAGCUGGAGACGCUGAAGAGCGCCUACAACACCUCGCCGAAGCCCGCGCGCCAUGUGCGCGAGCAGCUCUCCUCUGAGACCGGUCUGGACAUGCGCGUCGUGCAGGUGUGGUUCCAGAACCGCCGGGCCAAGGAAAAGAGGCUCAAGAAGGACGCGGGCAGGCAGCGCUGGGGCCAGUAUUUCCGUAACAUGAAGCGCGCCCGCGGCGGCUCGAAGUCGGACAAGGACAGCGUCCAGGAAGAGGGGCAGGACAGCGACGCCGAGGUCUCCUUCACCGAUGAGCCAGCCAUGGUCGAAAUGGGCCCUGCCAACGGCCUCUACGGCAGCCUGGGAGAGCCUGCCCCAGCCUUGGGCCGGCCCUCGGGGGCCCCAGGCAGCUUCCCGCUGGAGCACGGAGGCCUGGCCGGCCCGGAGCAGUACCGAGAGCUGCGCCCCGGCAGCCCCUACGGCGUCCCCCCAUCGCCUGCUGCCCUGCAGGGCCUCCCUGGCCCCCAGCCCCUCCUCUCCAGCUCGGUGUACCCGGACGCCGGCUUGGGGCUCGUGCCCUCGGGAGCCCCAGGUGGGCCCCCACCCAUGAGGGUGCUGGCAGGGAACGGACCCAGCUCUGACCUCUCCACGGGGAGCAGCGGGGGCUACCCCGACUUCCCUGCCAGCCCCGCCUCCUGGCUGGACGAGGUGGACCACGCUCAGUUCUGA